AUGUUCUCUCAUUCGAAACCAGUGACGUGUUUGGCAUUUCAUUUUGAUUUAAUUAUUUCUGGAAGCUCUGACAUGACCGUCAAGAUAUGGAAACCAGACAAGGAAAGAAAAAAAUUAAACCUUGUACCUUGGUUUACCUGUUUUAAAACACUGAAUGAGUGUGACGCAUGGGUAAGCGCAUUGUGGGCCUCUCCAGAAGAACUUUCGGGAGACCAAGGAGAAAUCGUUGUUGGGACAAUGAAAGGAACAUGUUUUGUGUACAAAACUGUUGGAGAGCUUCGAGAUCGAAAAUCAAUAACAGAUGUAAAAUUUAUGUACAAACUAAAGCUUAGAGAUAAGGGCAUUACCAACAUUUUAAUGUUGCAAGGGAGUAACAUGAUGGUUUCAACCGGUUUUGAUAAUGAGGUUAAAUUUACAGACUACAGUGGGAAAACAGUAUUCUCUCGAUUUGUGAGUGACGAAAGAAUAUGUGGCAUGGACUGGAAUAGUGAAUUUGAGGAAUUGAUUACAGUGGCAGAAUCUGGUAAGGUCAAUGUUUACCAGUAUAGAACAGGGGAAUCCCCAGUGUCGUUUCAUUUUAUUAAGGAACCAAGUUGUCUCAGUUUUGCUUCUGGAAGAAUUCUUGUGUCAGGAAGAAAUGCCGUUCAGUCGUUCAUCAUUGAACGAAAUAUUCCACAUCGUGAGCACAAAGACCACGCUGAUUCAAUAAUUGGCAUUUCUGUAAAUCCCAAAAGAACGGCCACAGCUAGGCUUAUUACUGCAGGAGCAGAUAACAAAAUUUUGGUGUGGGAAGUUAGCAAAUUUGACAUGAGAUGCAUCGAUCAAAUCAAGUGCGAUCCUAAGGGAGGCAAAACAGACUUAACAUCUUUUGUGUACAUAGAUGAAGGAAUAGCCUGCAGUGGACACGAUAGUGGUCUACUCACAUUGUGGAAUUUAGAAAAAGGAAAAGAGUUGUUUAUAGUUCAGCUUCAUGAAAAUACUGUUUGCGAUUUGUUCAAAGGUACUCUUGUGACAGACAGAAAAAGACCCUCUAUUUUUUCUCCUCGCGGUACAUUUGAUAGAAAUCAGAAAGACAAAAGAGAGUGUGUUGUCCUAGUUUCCUCGAGUUUUGAUGGAUCUUUUGGAGUAUGUGAUUUAACAAAAUUUAUUUACGAAAACCAACAGCCAAUUUUCAAAGUGAAACACAAUGCUCACAAUCGGGAAAUUUUGUGUGUCAUCCUGAAUCAACUUAAUGGAUCAGUAAUAACUGGAGGCAAUGACGGCACUAUUCGGUUUUGGUCGAUUGACAAUGAUUUGCAACAAAUAGGAGAAAUUAAGGCCAAGAGAAAAGACAACGAUUCAAAGGGGCACAAACAUGCCAUCGUCGCUUUGGUCCUCGACGGCCAUUUUUUAUAUUCUGCCAGUGAUGAUCAAACCAUUGCACUUUGGAACGUAUUAACCUUGGAAAAGUUAAUCACCAUUAAUUGUUCUGACAUCAUUCUUGGAAUGAGGCAACUCGAAGAUAAUGAUGGAAAGCUAAUAACCUGGUAUAAGGGUGGCAAAAUUGAUAUUUGGCAGUUGAAUGCGGAGGACUCAACUCAGAAUAUUUUGUUUACCUAUGAAAACAAGAAGAUUGAUAUCACCUAUCUAAAUUAUGACAAUGAAAAGAAUGAGAUAUUUGCUGGUGACUCUUCAGGAAAAAUCCUUCGAAUCAAAACUAAUUACAACGAAUUGAACCAUGAAGCAGACAAGUAUGUCGAAGAGAAUUUCCGCAAAGAUUCAGCCGUUCAAGCAGAAAAGAAGAAGGAAACUAGGCCCAAGUUGAUGCCAAGCGCAACGUUUAGCUCCCUUCUUGUCACCACCACAGAAAAUUCAUCAACACCCAACCCUAUUUCCAAAGAUGACACUUCCUCCUCUCUCAAUAAUUCUCAACAAAUGGCAAAUGCCAACAUAACACAUCCUCAGGUUUCCAAUUCCAACUCUAAUUCUCACUCACCACGAAACACGUCCAAAUUCAAAAUAUCCAUUAAUUUAUUUGAUGAACUUUUUGGGGAAUUGACGUAA